AUGGCACGCCCGAGACGAGAAAAGCAGCAAAUAAAGCCGCCAGGCCAGGCACUAGCACUAUCUCAGGAAAUAUUGGCAGGGUUAAGAAGGAAUUCACAUCAACAAGUAAGUAUGGACGAAGAUUCAAUGGAAAACAUCGAUGCAUACUGGAAUAUGGCAAACAAAGAAUUGGAAGAAAUGGAAAGAAAACAAUAUGAAGACAUUAGUAUGCUAGACUCGCUUCAAUCUAUACUGCACACAUCUACUCCAGAGAAAAGUCCAGUAAUAGAAACAGAAGAAGAAAAAAGGCCCUGCACUACCGCUCCUGCACAACCACCCCGGCGAAGCUUUGAUGAAGAAUUUCAAGAUAGCCUGCAGAAUGUGGUGCUAACGGGGUUCUCUGAUUCCGACGAAGAGAUUCUACCAAAAGGAAAAGAAACAAAAGAUUCAGCCACAAACACACUUCCCACAGAAGAAGCUGCUGCAGAGAUAAGCCCCACUAAAAAGAUACAUGAAUAUAGCAGAGCAAUUGACGAAGGCAUAGAACUGUCAAAUAUAUCUGUGGAUGGUGACAAAAGUGUCUGUCUUGGUCGAAAAAAAAGAAAAUAUGUUCGUAAAUCUAAAACCAUUUCCCCAUACAAAUUACUAUAUAAAGAGUGCGCUAAGACCAGUACAGAAAUUCUAAACUUUACUGCACACGGACUAAAUUUACAAACAAUCCACAUCAAGGCAUACUCUUUUAAGAAGAUUGAUUCUAACUGUAUCUAUUAUAUUACAAGAGGAUCUGUUAUAGUGGAAGACCCUUCGGUGUCUUCUGAUCAGGCUGAGGAAGUAUUCUACAAAAAUAAAUCUUUUAUUGGAAGAAGGCUCAAAGCAGGUGCAGUAUUUAAUAAUACUUGCCCUACUGUGAUCUAUAAUCCAGCACAACAAGUGUGCACACUAGUUGGAUUUACCAAUGCUAUUUAAUACAUGUAGUAAUCAAAAAAGCCUUCCAUGGACUUGUGCCAGAAUGGCCACUCUUGUAUUAUUUCAAGUUAAUCUUGGUAGAGUGCUCUUCUUGUGUGUAUCCAU